GGCGUCGCCAGGGCGCAGGUGAAACCGACUCCGACCUAUCCCGGGAACUUUCGCAGCGGGGACUCGCUGCGCGAGGCGCGCAUCGCGCAGGGGCGGCCUGGGAGCCGCCCUCUCCCACCCUGGGCUGCGCGCGGGGGCUCAACCCCGGGGCCUGUCCCCGGGGGACCCGCGGCCCUCUUGGCACGUUCUGGGGCUGCAAGCAGGCCGCGGCUGAUGGAGGCGGGUGGCGCCGCCCCGGGCGCAGGUGACAGACGCCAGGCCAGGGUUUCUGUUGGCGGGGGAGAGCGCAGGGAGGGCGAGACGCAGACACCUCGGGGCCAGGGGACGACGGGGCAGCGAUGGCCCGAGAGUUGAGCCAGGAGGCACUACUGGACUUUCUGUGCCAGGCCGGGGGCCGAGUGACCAACGGCGCCUUGCUGAGCCACUUCAAGAGCUUCCUCCGAGACCCCGAUACGCCCCCCAGCCAGCACCAGCGCCGCCGCGAGCUUUUCAAGGGCUUCGUCAACUCGGUGGCCGCAGUGCGCCAGGACCCCGACGGCACCAAGUACGUGGUGCUCAAAAGGAGGUACAGGGACCUUUUGGGGGAGGAGGGGCUGCAGCGACCCAGCGACCCGCCCGCGGCCGCCGCCCCUGCAGGGGGAGCUGCGCCCAGCUUCCCGCUCCUCGCGCGCAGGGGGGAGGCGCCGCCGCCGCAGCAACCCCGGCGGCGGCGGCGCGAGAAGGAGCUAGAGGAGGAGCCAGCAGGUGCCGCAGACCCGGCCGCCGAGGCAGGUUGCGAUGGACUCCUCGCCAGCGGGGCCCGGAGAGGCGGCCGGCGGAGGGGCAGCUCCGGCCACAGGGCGCCGGUGCCCGCGGCCGCCCAGGACGGAGCUAGGUGCGCGGCGGCCGAGACGCAGGGCCGCUGCUGCUGGGAAUGCCUCCAGAACGGCCUGGGGGGACUCCCGGGCGAACCGCUGCUCGGCUCAUUCCCCAACCCCCCCACCGCCACCGCCAGCGCCUGGGAGAAGCCGGCGCCGGCCCCGCCUGCCCAGGACGACCGCGGGGCUCCCAGGCCGCAGCGGGAAGGUGCGCCCGCGGAGCCCCCGCCGGUGUCCGCGGCACCCCGCUCUCCUCCGACAACCGUCGAGGCUGCUGGGAGCGGGGCUUCCCCGCCUGCUCUCCUGUCCUGCCCCACUCCCCCCGGAGAGCCGCCCGAGCUGGUGACCCCGAGCUCCCUGCAUUAUUCGACCCUGAAGCAGCAGCAGCAGCGCACUCGAGAGUGGGUGGCCAGACACCCCCAGAUACCCAAGGCCCGAGACCACGGUCCCAUCCGAGCCUGGUCGAUGCUGCCAGACAACUUCCCCCAGCUACCCUCGGAGCCGGGCUUCUGGGUCCCGGAAUCUAAGCCAGCACCUCCGGACCUCCCUCCUCCCCCUCAUUCUCUCUUUCCCGCUGUUUCGGAAUCCUGGCCCGGGAAGUCUCCACUGGCAGUCUUUCGUAGCAUUCGUUGUCAGCUGUCCCUACAAGAUCUGGAGGACUUUGUGGACCAGGAGAGCCACGGCAGUGAGGAGAGCAGCAGUGGACCCAAAGAGUCCCCUGGGGGUUCUGAAGAAGGGCUGCACCUUGCCCCGGGAGCCCCAGAUGGGAGAAGGCUCAGGAAUCCAGCUGGGGCCCCUUCUCCAAAGGAGGGCAGCCCCAGCAGGAGGCUUCAGGGCCUCAGGAACAGAGAGGAUGGUCACCCUUCUCAGCCCGUCCCAAUAGGAGCUGGUGGCCUUGCAGGCCACCCUCAGCCUUUGCCCUGGCCUGUCCCCAAAUUAAGGAGAUCCCUAAGGAGGAGCUCUAGGGCAGAGAGAGCCCAAUUGUCCUCCUCUGAUGAGGAGUGCCUUGAGGGGGAUUUGCUGAAAAGGAGCCGGCGCCCUCCCCGGUCCAGGAGACCCUCGAAGGUGGGAGCAAUGUCCAGCCCAAGGGUGGAUGCCGCUUUGACACCAAAACCUGUAGACCUUAAGGCUACUGUUGUUGAGUGUGGUCAUCCACACAGCUCAUGGGCCCCUGGAGGGGAGAGGCCUGCAGCCUUGAUCCCCACCAGAUCUUCCGAGCACAAGUCAUCCCUGGUCCCUCUUGAUGCCAGGGAGCAUGAAUGGAUUGUGAAGCUUGCCAGUGGCUCUUGGAUUCAGGUGUUGACUUUGUUCUGGGAGGACCCCCAGCUGGCUUUGCACAAAGACUUUUUGACCGGGUACACUGCCUUGCACUGGAUAGCCAAACACGGUGACCUCAGGGCCCUUCAGGACUUGGUCUCAGGCGCACAGAAAGCAGGGAUUGCUCUUGAUAUAAAUGUGAAGUCCAGUUGUGGGUAUACCCCGCUGCACCUUGCAGCCAUUCAUGGCCACCAGGGGAUCAUCAAAUUGCUAGUGCAAAGGUUGGCGUCUCGUGUGAACGUCCGGGACAGCAGUGGGAAGAAGCCUUGGCAGUAUCUGACCAGUAAUACCUCUGGGGAAAUAUGGCAGCUACUGGAAGCCCCACGGGGCAAGCCCAUUUUUUCCACCUAUCCCUUGGUUCGAAGCUCUUCCCCCACCAGGAAGGCCAAGAGCCGGGAAAUAUCUAGAAAUGUCACUCGAAAGACUUCCUUUGCUGCACUGCUCAAAUGUCAGCACAGCAAAUGGAGGUCAGCCAACCAGUAUGAGAAAUUCCCCAGUCUAAGGGAAAGAGAAGAGUAUAGUGACUGAGGGGAGCCCCUGUCUCCAACAUGGGCUCCACAGCCCCAUCGUUGAGCUAUUCAGUGAGAGAACCCAAGGGGAAUGGAAAAAUUGCUGAGGAGUUGGUCGAGAGGCCAAGUGAGAUGGCCUACCUAGUGUUUACCUCCCUGGAUUCUGUGUCAGCACAUCCUGGACCUCAGAGGUCGUCCAAGCUUUCUGACGGCUCAAGUCCUUGGGCCAGUGAACGUAGACAAGGAGCAGAGUCAGGUGCUUAAAACCCGGCUGUACUUCUUCCAUUGCCGUCACAGAUCCGGGCACAGCAGGCCACACUGUUCUCCCAAGCAGCUACCCCAGGCCUUGGCUAGAGAGGAAACAGAUGUCUAACAAGAAGAGAGGCAAUUCAAGGAAUUGAUGAAGCUCAAACAAAAUCCUCUCUCUGGCUAGGAGCUCUCUGGCUUCCAUUCAUUUGGAGAACAAAUCUUGGCUGAGAGUGGAAAACACCAGGUUUGAAAUCAGAUGGCUCCUCUUCUU